GCAUUUUACAGCAUUCGUAGACUUUCGAAAUGUUGAGCUGGUUCAUUUUUUGCUUUCUAGCCGGCUUGCAAGCUUCUUUUGGGAACUAUGUUCCCAUUUGCCAGCAGGCAAGUGAACGGAACGUAUCUAGCCCAGAACUGCCUACCUUUCCCCCGGCCUUCUCGACCUCUGUAGAGGUAAACAUCGUCAACAAGAACUACACUGCCAUUUACAAGGAAUUCUAUGACCUAGCCGCGAAUAAGGGUAGCUUGCAGCGAACAAAAGAUGGAAAGACAACCCUCUCUAUCUACGACUACAGUUUAGACGAGAGAAUCGAUUUGGAUAUGAGUGCGCAAAACUGUUUCGUUUCUUCUAUAUACGUAGGACCACGUCAUUUUAAUUUCUUCGGAAACAACAACUCGCACAUUGAUAGCGUCUCACAAUUGUUUCAUUUUGCAAAAAGGUUUAACGAAACCUAUAUGGGUGUUGUGUCCAUUCGAGGAAUCAGGUAAGUGCAUAGAAAUAUUUUGUUGAAGUAAACGGUCUCCUAUAGCCUUGCAACAUAGAGCUUAAAAUGAAAUUGAAAGGUAUUUUCGCUUUCGAAUCACGUCUCAUGCUAUGUGUCUCAGUUUCAAUCCGUUAGUUUUUUUAAAGUUAACUUCAGUUAAGAAGGAGAUUAUGGAUGGACAGGUUCUCGAAAUAUUAGACUUUGUUUCAGCGUAGGAUGAGACACAAUAUCAGUAAAAGCAGCCAUGCGUGGAAGAGGAUUCUGUACAUGUUUUAGAGCGAUUCGAUACGAAAGUGGCUAGCUUCCAAAGUUACUUAAGCAUUUUUGGAUUUUCUUUUUCAUUCUAUUAUUUUUCUUUAGUCGAGACAGGAUUUGUGUUCACUGAUAUGUCAGCCAUGUGUUUUAGCUGUGCAAGUGUUUUACAUUAGUAUGUCGUUGAUCCAGUACUCAAGAAAGUCACAUGAAAUUUAUGCAUCAGUGACAUUUAGAAAGCAACCAUCAUUACCCACCGAAAAUGAUUCAGCAUUAUCAAGGUUAUGCUAUAAUUGCAACUAGAUGAUUCUUCUUCACCCAAGCAGAAAUAAUUAAUGAUUCAUUUAUAAAAAUAAGUGACAUCUGCUUUUUUUGGUGUGUUUUCACCCCUUUCACCCUGAAGAUAUGAAUGUUAAUUGUCUGUACUGUCAGACAAUUUUAUACCCCAUUCACGGUGAUGUUUUAACUUGUUUAGAACCUGUUUUGUUAAACAUUGUUUAAACCUGUUGUCUGCAGAGAAGCUGCUUAAACCAUUGCUGACUUUAAAUUUAUGCACAUUGAAAUACAAGUUAGGCCCCAUUUAAAGGGGGUAACUGAGACAACCCUCCCCCUGAGUUACCCUGGGUGAGUUAACUUAUUUCUUAUUUCUUUACAAAAUUCAGCCAAACGUUUACAUGAGGUUGUAAACUCCUCUUGGUUAGGUGAGACAACUCGGGAGGGGGAGGGGGGGGUGUUGGGCCAAGGUGCAAGACAAUUCGAACAGAAAAUGCAUGCACAUGGUAAGACCGGGAUGUUUACAGCUAUUUUUUACCUGUGGUUUGCCAUUUUGUUGAUUAUGUAACUUGGCCAAACAAGAGUCAGCAGGUGUAUGUGUCAAAUUUCAUAUAAAUACUCUGAAAAGUUGUCUCAGGGGGAAGGUUGUCUUGGGUACCCAAGAUCAUAUAAAUGGGGUCUUAGUGACUUGUGUUUGAACCCCAUUGAAAUUAAAAUUUUUCAGGUCUCUGUUUCUGAUUUUCAUUCAGUUUAACCCAAUUAACUAAGCAUGUUUUGCUGGUAUGGAUGGGAUAUUGUAUUGUUCGCUCAAACAAGAGUACGAAGUUAAAUCAAACAGUAUCUCCUUUUUGAUUAUUUUCUAUUCUCUCACCACAUUUCUGCCUGAAAUACAUUGACAUGGUGAGCAGAUAUUAUUUUUAAGUCACACACAAGAGUGAAAAGGUUAAAUGUUAUGUUGCGAUGUUUACUAUAUUUUGGUCAUGGGCAAGUUGCCAUCUUUCUAAAUGGUGGCUUUCAGAAAUAGAUAAAAUUUGGUUUUUGCAUAAAUUUCAAGUUAUUUACAGGAGCAAAAAGUAGAGGGGCUCACAUAAUUUUUUUUUUUGAGUGUGUUUGAUAAGUUUUUGCAUGCAAUUAUAUCUGUGAUACCUGAAGUUACCAUCAUACUGAUACAGUGUACUUGUUGAAGCAUUUUGAUUUUAGUUACAGUGCCACAGUAGUUUGCUUCUUCUCCGAGACAUGAGUUAUUUCAUGCUUCACUUCACUAAAUGUUAUGCAGUGGUCACAACAUUUCAGUCAGUGAGCAGAAUAUAUGUUGCAUUUAAUUUUUCAUCACAUUAAUUUUGAAAGUUCAACUAGUUAAAAUUGAACCUGUAUUAAGUGGCAGCAUACCAAGCAGUCACCCUGUAAUAAGCGGUUGGUUGUCAAAGUCCUAAAAUUUUCCCUCCCUACACAUAGACACCUACGUGUAACACGUGUCUAUCCAAAAGUUAAAAUUUUGGAGAAACCGGAAAGUAAACACAAUGCGCAGUCAAGUUUUAUAAGUCAUCUUUUCCCAAAAACAAGCUCAAGUGAAAGAACACCAUUUAAAUAACUUGCUUUCCACGAAAAAAGCGAUAGAUGCAUAUUGAGUUUUUACUCUAAAAUCAAGAUAAAAGAUAAAAAUCAGUAAAUUUUUGCGCACGUGUGCAAACAAGUAUGUAGAUCGGAUUUCAAAGUGAAUAUGCAAAUUUAUCAGUGUGUGGAGAGAUCUCGUGCCACACGGAAUUUAUAAAUGAGAAGAAAGACGAAACUGACCAAGGAACGUUUCGGGAAGAAAGCUUUAUUCAAAACAGUUCUUGAUUUUCUGUUAGAACCGAAAAACGUACGAAUUUCUUACGUGUGCGAAACCCACUAAGUAGAAUUCAUCAUGCAUAGAUCGAUGUCUACUUGACUUCACGGCAAGAAUAUUGCGCAGCGUUAUGUUGAAAAUACUGAAAGUUCUACGUUUUAACACAAAAUCUUCUAUCAAACAAUACUUUUUGGACGUCUCAUUACUCAAACAUGAUAUUUACCGUGCCUUGGGAUCUGCAUAAUGUCGUUAGGCCUCGCUUGAAGUCCGAUAGUUUGGUGUUCACUUUACGGCCCUAAUUCGCAUCACUUUGGAGUAUUGUGGCCUCGAAAGCAUAUUUUGUCGCUUUUAAGAACUUGAUGUCCAUUAUUUUUCAAGUAGAUUACUCUAUAGUAUUUUUUUCUUUUCAUUUUGUGUUCCAGGAGGUCUAAAAUGGUCGGAAAGAAACAGAAAAUCCGACUUGAAAAUAUUGAGAGUCGGCCGCGCGUACGCCAUCUUUUCAUAUUUGAUCAUUUCUUGUGAACGCAUAAAAUGACGCCUCUGUACUACCCCCUAAAGUAAUCGAAAUAACUGCGCAAAACACGGAUUCUGAUUGGUACAUAGAUCCUCUAACAACAGAGGAAAUUUGGAGACAAAAUUCUGCUUAGUAGGGGAGAUAGGGGGGGUCUCUCGCGCAAGUCCCCCACGCGGCACGGGCGGUUACGAGCGGUUCAGGUGUCAAUGGGUUAUUAAAUUAAUUACUGUAAUAUUCACCUAUGAGAAGUGGUAGUGGUAAUCUCCAUUGAGUCCUGGUUAGAGGCUAUUGCAGAUAAAAUAAAGUUUUGGUUUGCUUUCCACUGAAAAAUUGUACUGAAAAUGUUUUUUAGGCAACUAGCUGUGACUGAAUAAUUUUGAUUUGUCUCUAUGAAGGAACGGCACUAUGCAUAGUCUUAGCCUGCAAGGUUGUUGUUUGGUCUUGUUAUGUAACAGGGCAAUAGAGUGUUGCAUGACAAGACCAAACAACAGCUGUUAAGGAGACUACAGGAUGCAUGGUACUGAUGCACUUUAAUUUUUUUAUUUAGACACUGGUGGCAAUAGACAAUUAAAAUACAUGUGUCUGAGGUUAUUUCAGAUAAAUUAGAAGGUUUAUUCUUUUUGCAGUCCAUUGAACAAUAAUUUCAUUCAUCUGGGAAUCUUUUAAAAGUAAAUGCUCUGUUUCUUUUACAAAAAUGCAAACAUCAGUUAAAGAGCUGUACUCGGUGUCCAAUUUCAACCUACUCACCCAAAACAAUUAACUCUUGCGUGGGUAGCUACCUAUGUUUCUAUAAAUCAAGUUAAAUUAUUUUCUGAUUAAAUGAUUUAACCCUUUAACCUCCAAGAGUGACUAGCAUCUAAUUUCUCCCUACAAUGUCACUUCUGAAUCAUACAUUAAGGUCAUGAGAAUAAAGGAAAUGACCACCAACUAAAGAAGCUCUUGAUUAUGAAACAAAUUCUCCUUGUUAGCACCUUAAGAAAUGUGUAAAAAACAGUAUAGAGAAUAUACAUAUUAGGGUGUAAAGAUUUGAGACUGUAUUUCUUUGAGUAGGGUUAGGAUUAAGGUUAUUUUUGUUUUGGAGAUUGUUUGUGUCAAGGUUAGCUUUCUCAGGGGGUUAUGGUUACAUGAGGUAGCCAUUAGAUCUGGCUUGCUGCCUUCUGGUGUUUCUUUUCAAUAAUAUACCUACAUGUAGUUAGUGGGAAGGUAAUAAAUUGUUCAAAAGAAUUACUUACGGCUUGGAGUGCUGCUUUAUUGAAUUUUGCUUUAUCUAACUUGUCUUUUCAGAUGUAAUCAUUGGAGGGCUUGUGUUGUGCAUGGUAAUAGUUCAUAUUACUUGGACUAUUAUUUUUCAGUGCCAGGUUGGAAAACAAGUUGGCCCAAUGCAACAGUGGUGCGGGCUGUCAUUAAUGGUACAUCUGUCAGGGGUGGUGCCCUACAUGAUUUUUAUCAUGUUUAUGACUUUUUCAAUUUCCGACCUGGUUCCCCAAACCCAUCUGAAUUUCAGCUUCCCAGUGGAUAUUUCUGUGCAGGACUUAAAGGUUUAAACAAGACUGUCCCUAAAGUUCCUUCAGCGUUUAGUGUGAACAUUGAAAUGAGACGCAUCCGGAGAAACAGAACUUUUUUUGUUGAUUCAAAUUGGCAGGUAUGGACAUUUAUGUGUAUUAACUCAUCUACUCUAUUAUUAAUUGAAAAUGUUUAUGACCAAUAAUUAAUAUGUAACAUUAUAUUAAUUCAAUCAUUUAUUUAAUUUAUUUUGUAUUAAUUUUUUGUUCAACGUUUGUUCUGUGGUUUUGUUGAUUACCACAAAUUAUGUCUUUUUUGUACUCUUGCUGAUGAGAAUCAAGUUUUUAGAAUUAUUUGCUCUUCAAAUUGUGCUAACAGGUCUCUAUUUCCAAAUUGUGGAAAUAUUUUAAUUUAUAAAAGCACCAGUCUUAAUCUGCAAGAUGGUAUGGUGGGAUGUACUCAGUCUAAAAAUCAAGGAAUUGGAUUCACACAAUUUUAUGGAAGUUAUGAAGGUAGAGCAAAACUUCAUAUUUAACACUUCUGACACAAGUAUAAUAGACAUUUUCUUUUAUUUAACAGGAAAUUUAUGACCUUGAGAAAAAACUGUUCUUGGCGAAGUACCCAAACUGGUUAAGUAGCCAUGGUCAAGUUGUAACAAUCCAUGAUUUCAACACAGGAAUUUCUUACAAUAUAUCAACUGGCAAGACUGGGCCAGUGUGCAACAUAUCUGCUCUGUCUUCUUUGACAGGAACUUGGGAUGUGUAUCGUGACGGACACCACCACAUUCGCAUGAAGACAACUCAUCAGUUAUUUAACACACCUCAAAGAAAUGGGUCAUCUCCCCUUAUUUACAAGGGUUCUUCUACUGUGCGUGGAAUUGAUGUAGACAUCUGGGUUGGAAAGGGCAUGAUCAAAAAAAGGACUUCAAAUGAGUCGACUGAGGUGAUCAUUAUACAACACAAUUUUUGCAGUGAAUUUAUUUUUUUUGUCAAUUUUAGCAUAAAAUCAAAAGUCAUGUUAUUAUUAAAACUUCCAUUGUUGUUUCAAUUGAAAGUUAUGCAGUACCAUUUGUAACAAAAUCAUAGCUGCAUACAAUUCUAAUUAAUGACAGCAAUAAAUAAAACUUUAAUAUGAUAUUGUUUUAUAUGUACAAAACUGUAUUCUACGUUGGAGGGAGUUCAUACUUUCUUAUUUAGUCUAACCAAUUUCCAAUUUAAAUUUUGAUAGUCCUUCACCCGCUAGUAAGUUCUUUUAACCCUUUACACCCUAACAUCCGUAUUCAUAUUCUCUAUACUGUUCUCUGUACAGCUACUAAAACUUAUUAUAACCAUUGUCUAGUUUCUUUCUCAAAAUUUGUCAUAGUUGUGAUUAAUUUGUAACAGGACUUUGUGUUGUCCAAUUCUGUUGGUAAUCAUACUUGUAAUUAACAAAUCAGACUUGUGCUUCACAGUCAUCUGAUCUUGUUAAUCACUUGUAUGAUUAGAGACUGAAUUGGACUCCACUGGGUCCUGUUAAUUACCAUUAUUAAUUGUUUAUGAAUUAUGAUGUCAAAUAAAGCAAUGAUCCUCACAGGAGAGCUACACUUUAAUUGCCAAAAAGGAGUCUGAAAAAAAGAGGGCUUUGCAUGAGGGGAUUCAAGCCCCUGCAUACCAGGUACUAGUUGGCUGCAGCUAGUCCAGCUGAUCUACAAAGCCCCCAUGUUGGGAGCAAGGAAAAUUUAUAGGGUUCCUCUUUCCCAUAGAGGAUGUGCUACACUGUACAUGAUUUGAAAAUAUUAUUACUUACAUUGGAAGUGACAACUUCAUGAGGCACACUGAGGAUCAUAUUGCACUCUUAAUGUCACAAAAAAACUAUAUUGCGAAAAAUUGAGUAAAAUAUAUAAUCUAACUUUUUAAAUUGAAAAAAAUAUUUAUAUACACUAGUGGAAAUAUGUUAUAAAUAAAUGUUCCCUCUCUGAAUUCACUCCCAAUAAAACAUGAAAAAAAAAAGUGGGGGAGGAGGAGGGAGAAAAAAAUCAGACAGACUCACUCUUACAGUGCAGACUUUUAAUCUAGAUAUCUUCCAGGACUCAAUUCCUUUGUAUUAUCAACAGUAAUUGUUUCUUACUGUUAUAAAUAGUCACAACCCUCUUUGGUCUCUUUAAGAUUUAAAUCAAGGGUGGUCUGCAUUUAGUUAUUCGACUGUUUAGGGAAGAAUAAUUACAUUUUCUGUUUGAAGUAGCCAGAAAUUAUUAAUCAAUUAGUCAAGAAAUUAAAUUAUGUUGUGUGCAGGUGUUAAGCUGAAGAAGUACUUCUUCCUUAUUUUAAUUACAAUGAUUUUUUUUCCACUUUGUGCUUUUGUGUUUAUUUAUAGGCUAUCUUUGAGUAUUCCUUCUCAAAACCAAAGUGGAUAUUCAUGGCAGGUUCACAGACCAACCAAACCCAGGUCCCUGUGCGCCUCGACAUGUACACAUCAGAUGGACAUCACUUGAUGUUUAACAUGUUCAAUUUUGAUGCUGAGGCUGCAGAGACAACAGCCUUUGACAUUAAACCUUGCUUCAAAUGGGAUGAGCAACGCUAUGUUCAGUUUAACCUUAAAGGUCAGAGAAAUAGCAAUAAUUGUCUUUUUCUUGUGGACAUCCCACUGAUUCUUAUUACUGUUUUUAUGCCUGUUAACAGUUUUGGCAAGCCUAAUCAGCAUCAUCAUUAGCAUUAUUAUUAUUAUUUAUAUCAUUAUAUAUUAUAACUGAAUAUAACAGUAGUGUUUUUAUUAUCAAUUAUUAGGGGUUUCAUUUAGUUUUGUUAUGAGGAGAUGCUUGUUGGAGAAUAGGCAGGCAGAAAACAUCACUUAAGGUGGACCACUUUCUGUCUUGUAUGGCUGAGCUUGUAGAGCUCAAAGUACUCAAAGUAAUUAGCACCUUACUACAGAGAAAUUCUGGUAACCCAUCAUGCCAAGAAAAUUUGGUUUUGAUGUCGCUUUUCAAUGUUUUUCCCUUCAUCUAUGUAAUAAACUCUGUAUUACUAUACAGCAUUCAUGAAAAAGUGCAUUGUGGGUGCGAUGCAUAAUUUAAAUGUAAGCAACUGUUGGACAAUGCAUUUUCACAUUCCUUACUAAUCAAGAGGACACUUUUGGAAGGUCCAAAUGGAAGGCAAAGUAUGUUAGAAAAUAUGCACAUCUCUGAAAUGCAUGGUACCUACAACUUGAAAACGGAGGAAAAAAAUUUACUUCCUAAGUUUAGUCUGGGGCAGCGAAAUAAUAUGUGUUAAAGACAUGCUGGGAUAGCAGUUUUGUAAUUUACUGUUGAUCAAUUAAAUAUCAACUCUUUGACUCUUUUAGGUAAUUAUGCAAAAUAUGCUGCCUCAAGGGAGUUCAAGUUAUCUCUCAGCAAGACUAUCAGUGAAGCAGCAAAUGUGACAAUUAUCAGAGUAAAUGGAAUGAGGGUAAAUGAUUUUAAUUUUUACUUAAAAGUGUAUAUGGCUGAUAAGAGCAUUGAUGACAUUAAAUGUUUAUUCACUGAAGUGGAGGUGAACAGUGGUGGCUAUCUUCUGAGCCACAAAGCCACAAGAUACAAGUAUCCAGCACUUUCAGUUCAGUUCAACAGUUCAACACUGCGAUGAAUGUAAUUGUUUUUAGUAAAUGCAUGCUUCACAGGAACCAAAGUCAAUUUCUUCUCUUAGGCUGCUUGGAGGUGAAAAGUACUUUCAACUAAAUUCUUUUUAACUAGCUGAUCAGCAUGCACAAAAGGCUUUAUUCACCUGUAUGGUAUAUAUGGAUGUUUGUUACACUGGAUUUUGGAUUAAUGUAGUCUAAAAUGAAUUUGCAAAAAUCAGCAACCUUUAUGUUGAGAGCUGGUACCACCAAAACUGGUAUAAGUUAGAGUGAUAUUGACGAUGAGAAAUAAUUUAUUUAGAACUUGACAUUUUAAUAAACAAUUAUUGGAUGCAGUUUUUGUGAUAUCCAGAAUAAUCAAGGUCAAGGUAGGGUUAAUCUGCCUCAACCUUCAGCUUAGUCUGAUUACCCUUACCAUGCUAGACCUUGAUUAUUCUAGAUAUAUAAAAAAAAAACAGAAUCUGAUGAUUGUUUUGUUACACAUUGAACAAAAAAAGAAAAGGUCGCAACAGUAAGUUGAACUGGUAAUUUAUUUCUAAACAUGUAAAAAUAUACAUAUCAACAGGCAACACAAAGCACACCAACUUGACAUGAUACCCUUAGAAAUCAUGCACCACAGUCAUACAUGACAUGACUACCCAUGACACUUGGUGUUCGGCUGAUAACCCCUAUCUCAACCUUGAUUAUUCUGGAUAUCACAAAAACCUCAUUCAAUAAUUGUUUAAUAUGCUGUCAAUUUUCAGUUAAUGGACAACGAGGGUCAAAUGACUGUUGCUUUCAUUUUGCUGAACAAAACAAAGCCUUUUGUUGAUGCAGAGGUUACAAUAUAUCCUGAAAAUGGUCUCAAGGAUGCAGUGGGUACCUUAAAGAAAACAGUUCAGAGUGGAGCAUUCAAAGUUAACUUCCAAACCAGUAAGAAUAGCUUUUUUUCAUAUGUUAUCUUUUUCACAGCAAAUACAUGUAGUAAAUUCAUAUGACAGAGUGGAGAAAAAUAUUUAAAGCCUUAGUUGACAUACUAUGAAGGUGAGUUUUGAUUAAUGAGAACUACAAGAAAUUUAUUGUUUUUGACUGGUUAUCAGCAGCCCAAUUUCACCACUUGCAUGGGAGCUACACUUUUCAAAGUAGUGUGGAGUUCCAAAGUCCAGGAAUUGAAACUAACCAAUAUACAUCCAACAAUCCCUAGAAGAUACAUUUAUUGGUAAAAGUUAAUUUGUUUAGCAGCUUUAACACUUACCAGUAACUGUUGACUGUUAUGUCUUGGCAGAAGCCAUACCUGCUGAGAAGUCUUCAUUCAGAGAAGGCCUGGUGCCAGCAACGCCUCCUCCUGCUCCACCCAGACCAACAGAGAAACCCACAGGCAAACCAGGUCCAGGGGAUAAAAGUGAAGUCAAAACAAAGGGUGUGUCAAGUGGUGCAGCAGCUGGAAUUUCUAUCCUCAUGCUCGUAGUUGGAAUAUUUGGAGGCUUGGUUGUUGCACAUGUGAUUAUGAAGCGUCGUGGAACAAGCUUGUUCCAGUAUCAGCGUCAGGCAUAGCUGUAGUUGUGUUCAGUUAGUUUUUUACAGUAUAACCCCUUUUGUAUUACUCCAUUGUGCUAAAAUGUUUUGUUCCAUUUGUGUUAAUAAUGAGCAUAAUUUACAUUGGUCCAAUGUUGUUUACAGUAUAACCCCUUUUGUAUUACUCCAUUGUGCUAAAAUGUUUUAUUCCAUUUGUGUUAAUAAUGAGCAUAAUUUACAUUGGUCCAAUGAAUGUAUAGUAAGGAUCUAAAGCUGUUAUGGGUUUUCUGCCACUCAAGUCUGGUUUCAUCAUUUUAGAAUAUCAUGUACAGUACAGUGCGAAAGGGAGUGAUAUGAGUUACAGCAAAAGUGAGGAAGCCACAGUUGAUCUCAGUUUUAAAAAAUGGAUUGUUUAAGAAGCUUUUCUGAAUUGUAAGAUUCUGGCAGAACCAAUAGUGUUAGCCAUGUUUUAUUAAUUUUUUAAGUUACAAUAACUGAGGAAUUAAAAAAACUUUUUUAAAGAUCCACCUAAUCAGUUGUUGGGGAAUCUAUGUGGAAUCUAUGGAUCUAUGUGAAACCCAAACAUAUAGCCAAUCCCUUAAUCCUUUAACUCGCAAAGUUGAACAGAAUAUCAAUUCUGCCUCUGUAUGUGUCAUAAAUUUCUUAAAGUUUUAGCAUAGGGUAUUUUGGUCAUCAAUCUAAUAAUAUCCUAUAGCUGAUAUUUUCAGGCUUCGAUCUCUAUCACCUUUCUGCUGUAAUAUGAAAAAUGCAUUUUUUGUUGCUCUUGGGAGUGAAAGGGAUAAAAUAAGUUGAUGGGAGAAAUAAUGUGCUCUCUAUUGUUUUCCUUUGUGACCAGAUACAUGUACAACAUAUUCAUUAGAAGUUGUAUGAUACUAGUACAGAAUGCAUAAGCACGAAAUGCAUUUGUUACAAAGAAGGCAUUCUAUCUAAGCAUUCAUGUAAUUAUUUACAUUUUGUUUUGCACCUGUGCACUUGAAGUUUCUUAAACAUGUAUUGAUAAAUGCAUAGUCACAUUGAAGUGGGAAUGGGGAACUCUUCUUGCUGACUCUAAAGUGUAAAAUAUAUUCUUUCAUACAAUAUGCAGACUUAUUUAACUGUGGAAUAGCUAUAAGCUAACAUAAUUUAAGCUAGGCAUAAGUGGUGUCUAUGCCCAUCCAUUUUUAACACCUUGUAGUAGUUAAAUGAGUAAGAUUUAAAAAUGUGUGGGUAAGGUAUUUUUAUUUAUUGCUUAGCUGUUGAUGUUCAUUAUUAUUAAAACAUCAACUUCAAGGAAACAAUGUUUUCCUUUAAGUAAAUAAUGUGUAAGGUGGUGGCUCAGUGUGAGUCAGUCAGCAAACCUGUGAUUAAAUUGUGGAUGAAAAGUUUGGG